GCUACGCGUCUGUGGUAGUGCGGCGUCGCCUCGACUCUGUUCGCGCAGUCACAACUCGUUCGACCGUCGAACUGAACGCUUCCGCUUUGUGGAAAACGGGAAAACGAACGUGUCGAAGUUGACGUGCGCGCCUUUUCAUCGUUUUGCUGUCAUCAUUCGCGGAAAUCUUUUGUUCAUAGUUUUUGAAUCGAGACGGUGCACGUGUUUGCAGGAAUUUGCGCGACAUCUCAUUUCGUCAGUUCACGGUGGACGGUGUUCUCCCGCGGAAACAAGAACCAUGCGAUUUUCCUGGAUGUUCGUAGCCACGGUGCUGCUAGUUCUAGUCACCGAGGCGAGGUGUAAGCGAAAAUUUGAUGGGGAUUUCGAGUUUGCUGAAGAGGAUGACACGCGCAUAAUGAAAGUGGGAGAUAAGAAGAAAUGGAUACACGACCCAAAUAGUGAACUUUGUCGUCCACUGAAUUGCAAGAAGAAGGAUUUGUGUCUUCUUAAGGAUACAUUCACCGCUGUUUGUGUUUCCAAGAAGGAACUUGAAAAAUCAGGAGACAUAGUAAUCCCGAAAUCCAGGGCGGUUCAGCAGAAUCGACGAAUGAGAACGGAAACUUCGGUCGACACGGAGGACGACGACGCCUUCUUCGAUUCCGAGGACGAUGACGAGGAUCAGGACGAGUCCAAAUGUCAAGAGUGCCCCGUGGUUAAGCCGACGUUCCUUUGCGGAAGCGAUAAUCGCACGUACAGCUCCCCAUGCCGGCUGGAAUACCACAAUUGCAUCCACCACACGUCGGUCCGCAUCGCCUGCAAAGGAUUCUGCCCCUGCAAAGCUUCUGAUCUUCGUGCCCACAACAAGAAGAUGCAACUGCAACGACAGAAGUCUCUUUCCGGCAAGAUGCGAAAUCGUGACAUAACGUUGACACCACACGUUUUCAACUAUGACAAUCAUCAUUACCAAUACUUGAAAUAUUCCAAACGUGCCAAGGCACUGGCUGGAAGCAAGUACGACGACAAGCAUCUGAUGAGCAACGAAGUAAUGGAAAAGACUCCAUCCCCCUUAAAAUCGACGUACAACUCCCAAUCAUCGCGAAACUCUGAUUGUCCCCCGUCAUCCAAGCCGGCAAUGGCGAAUCGUCUCCUGGAUUGGUUCUCUGUCGUGAUGGCUGAUUCUAAACACCGUCGCCCUCAUCCUAAACCUAAAGGUCACUUCCCUAUCGGCUGCCAGAGCGAGGUCAGGUGGAUGUUCGGACAUUUGGACAGCGACAACGAUGGCAGACUCUCUCUUUCCGAGUUGUACGGGCUGGAACACGAUCAAAACGAGCCGUGUCUGAAACCGUUCCUCGACGGUUGCGACACGGACAGAGACAUCUUUGUAAGUGGUCCUGAAUGGUGUGGAUGCUUUUCAAAGGCUGAACGCCCCUGUGCCGCUGUACGUAAACGAUCAUCACCCGACGUUGCACCUGCUUGCGAUUCUCGAGGGUAUUAUCGAAGCACCCAGUGCCAUCGUGGUCUAGGACUCUGUUGGUGUGUGGAUCCUCAUGGUGUGGAAUUCGCUGGGACUAGAACACGUGGCAGCAAGCCAGAUUGCGACACGAUCGUGAACAAGAUCAGCAACGGUGGAUUAAAGACGAAUAGCGUGGAUUUGGACGAUGACGAAGAUGGUGGUACAGAUUCUGCCCAGGAUCUCGAAGGGUCCGCCGAUCAGCCAUUAGACUUUUAGAUUCCUUAGAAUCAGCCAGCAACAACAGAAACGGGAGCAGCAACUUAACGUGAUAUCGAACAGCCGGACGACACGAUUCCUCUUGUAAAGGAGAAUUGAAAACCGUUCUCCCGGUUGUCCACUGAUUUCGAGUAUCGCCGUUGUGAUUGGAGGUGUCUUCAAGUGAAACAGGUCGGCGUAGGCUGCGACUCACGCGUGAACCUAAAAGUCAGAGGAGCAACGAAACAAGUAUGAGGAUUAACGAGAUGUGACACGAGCAGCGGAUAACCUCUGGCAUCGUGGUUGCACGACUUGAAUAUUAAGUCCUCUUUGUCCAUUGGUCAUGAUCCUUAACCCGAGAAUGAUCAUUUUUUUAUAAUAAUUGAUUUAACAUAUUUUUUAUUAAUUGAACUUAGUUUAUAGAUUGAAUUUAAAUAAUGGAUAUUGAUAUAAAUAUUUUUUUUUAUUUUUUAUUGUUAUUUUUUUUUUUUUUCUUUUCUUUUGUUUAUAACACAAGUGCCAAACGGGUUAAGAAGCUGCUGAAUCGAAGAAUCGUAGGAUGCUUGUACAGUGCAAUAAUUGAAGGGCUAAAUCGUGCAAUAACAAUCUCGUGUGACGCUCUAUUUUAAUCAAACAUCAUACAGGAGAUAUCGAUGUUCGACGCAGUGACAGAAUCGUCCUUAUAAUUUUAAUGAGAUACGUUGUACCCUGUGUGCCUGUCGAGGUACCUCCAUGCACAACUCUAUAAAUAAUAUAAUUAUAUACUAUUUAUGCAUUUACAAACUAGAAGUUUCGCGAGAGAGAGAGAGAAGAGAGAGAGAAAGAGAGAGAGAAAGAGAGAGAGAGAAAGAGAAAAAAAACAAUGCAAUAGGAGAAGGGAAAGAAGCUCAUCCUCCAUCGGGUAAAAUUCACAUGUCCACUCCACGACGUAUAGAAAUUAUAAUAUCUUUAAAAAAAAAAAAAAAA